AUGGGGGAUCUAAAAAUGUGUGAGUUAUUUCUUGAAGCGGAUAAAUUUUUUAAAGGUAAUGUUUCCACACAUAGGCAAAUUACCAAUUCCGCAGAAUUCCGUGAUUAUUGCACUAAUCAAAGAAAGUGUACAACUAAGAUUGAAAGUAUUGCUGGUUUGUUCGAGGCUUUAUCUAUGAAGCUUUACGAUAAAGACAACAAGUAUUCUGAUUAUAUUAUGCUGUGGUUAGCUAAUAAAUUAUUUGAUGCAAUCAAAGAGAAAGACAAAGACAAUGCUAGUAAAAUUACUUUAAGUUCAGCUUAUGACAAAUAUUUAAAGAAACAUAUGGCUAAUUUUAAAUAUUGGAAUAGUUUAUAUAAUCUAAGGGGUUUGAAAGAUGGUAAUCUUAGGCAUUUGCGUGAAUUGUAUACGUUACUUGGCUAUAUAUGUAAUACAAUUGUAGAUUAUAAAAAAAACGGUGCCCUAAGUAAGACUCUUUCUCACAAUUCUACCUAUUGUUUUAAUCAAUAUAUAUCCCUUUACAAGGCUUAUCCUGAAUGUGAUUCAUAUCUAUAUCUAUUGAACAAAUUAAAAAAAAUAUAUGAUGACAUUAGAACUUCUGCUAUUGAGAAUAAUUCUAGUAUUAAGAAUUUCGAUAAACGCUUUCGAGAACUUAAAGUGUCUGGUGUAAAUGAUUCAUAUUCUAUGAAAACAUUUAAAACAUUUAACUUCAGUGCUCCAGCGUGUAAAGUAAAAACUACAAAUAAUAUUCCGACUGUUCGAAAAGCACCAGUAAAACAUACAACCAUACCAAACAUUAAAAUUCAAGGGGGGGGUCAAAGUAGUCAAAAAAUUACCCCUAAAAAUAAAGAUGAUAGUUUAAACGGCUCAGGAUCUGAAUCUCAACAUAAUCAAAGCAUUAAAUUGCCAAAACUUGACAAUUCUUUAUUAAAAGAUGAGCCUCAAUCCUUAAAGGGUGGCAGUGAUGGUCCAGGUAUUCAAAAAAGUCCAACUGGUCAAGAAAAUCCAACUGGUAAAGAAAAUCCAACUGGUAAAGAAAAUCUAACUGGUAAAGAAAGUCCAACUGAUCAAAAAAUUUCAAAUGGUCAAGAAAUUCCAACUGUCCAAGAAAAUCCAAAUGGUCAAGAAAAUCCAAGUGGUCAAGAAAGUCCAGAUAAUGGUAAAAUAGAUCAAAGAAAUGCGUUAGAAACUAAUCAAGGUAAGACACAAAUGUCUCAAAGCCCAGAAGGCAAUCACGAUGGUUUUGAUUUUCCAAAUUUAGAAGAAUAUGAGAAUUUACUUAAAACCUAUAUUGAAGAAUACAAAAAAUCUAUUACGACUUCACUUAAUGAUAUUCGAAGACAUUUAUACGAGGAGGUAUGGCCUACUUUACAUCAGACUUAUAAUACUUAUGCAGAUUAUUAUAAUAAUUUUGAUAUAAUGGAAUAUCUUAAAGGAAUGCAAGGAAAUGAACCACAAAAAAUUGAAACAUUAAAGGAUAAGCUACCAAGUAAAGGGAAUGGAGAAGGACAUAUCCCUCCUUUACCAGAUAACGGAACAUCAGAUUCCGAAAAACAAAAAGCACAAGAUACACAAACACAAAUGUCAGGUGAUCAAGGAAAUCAUAAUUUACAAGAAUCACUUUCUCCACCAGAAAAUGGCUCAACAAGUAGUGAACAAGAAAAAAAUCCAGAUACUCCCUCUAAGGAACAACUUCAAUCAUCAGAGGGUUAUAGUAAUAUACUUUCUAGUGUUGAUGUUGAAACAAGAGCCAUUAGAGUCGAUGUAGAAAAAGGCACAUAUGAAAUAGGAUUUCCAGGAAAUUUAUUUAAAGGAUACAACAUAGUUGCAUAUUUAAUUACAGUUAUUUCAAUACUCGUUAUUUUAGCAUUUAUGUAUAAGUAUUUCGCAUUUGGGCGGAGAAAAAAGGCGAAAAAAAAAAAAAACAUGAAAAAGGUUUUAAAAUUGUGUGAUGAAAAUAAUACCGAAAUGUUGCAAUACAUUCAUUGA